AUGAAGUUUCAAACCGCUCUCCUCUCACUGCUCAAUCUGGCAACUACUGCCCUGGCACAGCCGUCGUGGCACGAUCUGGCCAUCACUGCCCCGCAAUAUGGUCGAUAUCUGUACCGCACCAACUCGCAGGAACCUUUCUUCUGGAAGGCCGACACGGCCUGGGAGUUAAUGCAUCGUCUGAACAAGACCUCCAUCGAUUUUUACCUCAAGACUCGCGCUGAGCAAGGCUACAACGUCGUGCUCACAGUUGUGCUGUCGGCGUAUAACGGUACGACUCGUCCGAACUUUUAUGGUGAUCUUCCUUACAACAACUCGGAUACGACGCAGCAGAAUGAGGCGUUCUUCGAGCUGGUAGAUUGGACUGUAGAUCGAGCUGCGAGCUAUGGCAUUCUCAUUGCUCUUGUGCCUGCAUGGGGUAACUGGAUCAGUGGUGCGUGGCAUGGAACGAAGAUAUCCAUCUUCAAUGAAUCAACCGCGUAUCAAUGGGGCAACUACCUUGGCGAGCGCUAUCCAGGGAUCCCAAAGCUUCUUGGAGGGGACACCAACUGCAUUUGGGUCAGAAACACUACUGCAGCUAUGAUUUCAUACGCUGCGAACCCGAACGUCGAUCCAGCUACGCUCUUAAGCCCCGUUGAAGAUACCACCGAUCUUUGGGUGAGUAUGAGAACGGGUGUCAAGGAUGCCGAGAAGGCUGAAGGUUACGAGCCUAUUAUCCUGUUCCACCCCACCGCUGGCAGGAUCGCUAGACCCGUGAGUACUCCCAUGGCGUACGGGCAUUUAAUGUUCCCGAAGGAGGGAGACCGCGUCUCGAUUGACGCUGUUCAGUCUGGGCAUGCUACACCUGAUGCUCUUGGAGGAUUCACUCCUUACGAGACCUGGGAUUCCACCAAAAACUACGAGUUGAUUGCUGCUAUGCGUGACGGCUUCACUGGCCCCGUUCUCGAUCUCGAGAACCACUACGAAGGCGCUCACGAUAACUUGGAUGCUAACCAGCCUAUGAUCUGGAAUGCUUCUCAAAUUCGUACAGGUCUGUACAAUGGUGUAUACGGUGGAGCUGCUGGUUAUACGUACGGCGCUAACAGCGUGUGGCAGAUGUAUGAACCUGCAUCAGAUCUGUAUCGUGAGAGCGAUUAUAUCGUACCUUCAUCUGGCGAGGAUGCUUCGAGUUCAUGGCGCAAAGACCUGUUCUUUGAGGGUGGCCAACAAGCUCAAUACACCACCAAGCCGCUGCAAAAUCUUACUGUUGCUGAGCUCGAGAUGCUCGAGCCGGCUCGUCAGCUCCUAGCGAGCCCUAGUGGAUACACGGAUGUUGCUGUCAACGCUUUUGCUAGUACGCGCUACAUUUCGGUUCUGGCGUCUGUGAACCGCGAUCGCUUCUACGUGUAUACUGGUCACGGGGACUCGUUCAGCCUAAGUAUUGGCAAUGGAUUCGAGCGUACGGGCAACCUUCGCCGGUUCUCUCCUCGUGACGGCGAAUAUUACGCUGAUUUGACCGUGAAUGUUCCAGUUAACGUCACUCGCGUGGACUUUACUCCUCCCUCAGGGGGCAACGUCGACAACGAUUGGCUUCUGGUUGUCGAGUUUUAG